GCCAAUUUGUUCAUUAUCAGCUCGAUCGCGGGGAAAUCCGGACCUUACCGACUAAAGUGCCAGCAAAAUGUUCAAGGCAAAGAGUAUUUCGGCAGAACACAAGGAUUUAAUCCAUGAUGUUGCAUUUGACUUUUAUGGACAACGAAUGGCCACAUGUUCUAGUGACCAGAGUGUAAAGGUAUGGGAUCUUGGGGAGGAUGGAGAGUGGCACUGUACAGCUAGUUGGAAGACACACAGUGGGUCUGUAUGGAGAGUAACAUGGGCCCAUCCUGAGUUUGGCCAGGUCCUAGCCUCAUGUUCUUUUGAUAGAACUGCAGUUGUAUGGGAGGAGAUGGUUGGAGAUUCAAAGCCCAAUGAGAGGGGAAAACACCACUGGGCUCAGCGAGCCAUGCUUGUAGACAGCAGAACAUCCGUCUCAGAUGUCAAGUUUGCACCACAUCAUCUCGGGCUUCAAUUGGCAACCUGUUCAGCAGAUGGUAUUGUGAGGAUAUAUGAAGCACCAGAAGUAACAAAUUUAGCCACAAUGAAUUUACAGACAGAACUUCAGACCAAACUUAGUUGUAGCUGUUUAUCAUGGAAUCCAUCAAGAGUCCAUCCGCCCAUGAUUGCCAUCGGUAGUGACAGCUCUGACCCUUCAGGAGGGGGCAAAGUACAAAUCUAUGAAUACAAAGAAAAUGAAAGAAAAUGGCAGAAGAUUGACACACUGAACGUGAUCACCGAGGCAGUACAUGACCUAGCUUUCUCUCCUAACCUAGGCAGAUCAUAUCACAUGUUAGCUGUAGCAACGAAGGAUGUCCGCAUUAUGACACUUAAACCAAUGAGGAGAGACCAAUUUGUGGGUUCAACAAGAAUUGAGAUCAGACAAGCAGCUCAACUAGUAGACUUCAAACAAAGUCAGGUAUGGAGAGUUAGUUGGAAUGUGACUGGUACUAUCUUAGCUGCAUCAAGUGAUGAUGGAUUUGUCAGACUCUUUAAAGCCAACUACCUUGACAACUGGAAGUGCAUCCAAGAGCUGAAGGGUAGCGACGGAGGCCCCUCCCCCGCCCUGGUACCCAGCAUGACGGGGGGAAUGCAUUCCAGACAAGACUACCCCACCCAUAGAGGGCGCAACACCAGCAGCAGUGCGAACCAACAGCAGCAGCAGAAUGGUGCUAGCGCCACCCGUGAGCAGAGCAAUGCACCACAGGGAGGUCGUAGCAGGUAUCCCUUCAUGACCUUGUGAUUGUGGUCUUACACUUCCCCAGAGUACCUCAUGGUGUAUCAAACUCAUUACCAUGGUUACGCUCUCAAUUUUUGCCUGCCCGCAAGGGCAAUGUAUUGUCAUUGGCAGUAAGGACCUUCCUGAGGGCAGCCAUUGAAGUGCUUUUAUGGUAGCUUAUGUCCAUUGCUCGUGUCUCAUUUACAUGCAGUACAGAUAUUUACAGGACUAUUCAAUGUGUUGGACACGUUGGCAUUCUGUGAAACCAGAAACUUCUGAAUGCUUUGAAACCAUUGUGAGUGGUUCAUGCUACAAAAUGAUUGAAUUUCAUCAUGGACAUUUUUGCAAUUUUCUUGCUGUGAAAAUGGCUACUGCUAAAAGUCACAUGCGACAAAUUUUUUGUGUUUCCAGUCGAUCCUAUCAGGGCCCUGUUUCAUCAAACUUUUCAUCAAUAACAAGUGUCAUAUUACUUUAUACAACGCCUACUAAGAUUCUUGCAACCUCAUUGGUCAAUUCUUGAUCACAUGACAUGCGCUAAAAGUACCAUUGAACGGCAUCAUUGACGCGGAGUGCAAUUUCGUUUGAUCCUUUCGCACCAUUGUACUCUGACGUCACUAACGAUGUACAAAGUAUAUGGUGAGCUAAGUGACGUCAGAGUGCAAUGGUGCGAAAGGACCAAACGAAAUUGCACUCCGCGUAACAAUUUAACAUAAAGGUUGGUACGCGCGGAGCAUGGUACGCGCGUGGUUUGCUGCCUGCUUAAUAGUGCGCGCUCACUAUCAGCAAUUUCAUCAAUUGAAAACAA